AUGCCGCCGCUAAGAGCUCAUACCAAAUCUCGCAAUGGGUGUGACAAGUGCAGAGAGAGGAAAAUAAAAUGUGACGAGCAAGGACCACCCUGCGCCAAUUGCAAGUCGCGUGAGCUGGAUUGCACUUACUUAAAAGUGGCAGCAGCGCGUAAUCGUGCCAGUGCGGAUAGAAGAUCCGGGGGUUCCAGCUCAAGCUCUAAAGCGCGGUCAAUCAAGGGGGUUGACUUGGUUGUCUCAAACUCAACACAAGUCACCUCACUAGAGAUCAACAAUCUGGAGUUAAUGCACAAAUUCUCCACAGAAACAUAUCAAAGCCUGGCUAUCUCAGAGUCUGAAAAGUAUAUCUGGCAAAUCACAAUCCCUCGCUUGGGACUUAAGCAUCAAUUUUUGAUGAAUGGCCUACUGGCCCUAGCCAGUCUUCAUCUAGCCACAUCUGCGGAACCAGCCGAAGCCUUGGUUUACUAUGAUAGGGGUCUUCUAUUUUACGAUCAAAGUCUGGCACCAUUUCGAAACGCAAUCGAAAAUAUUUCGCCCCAGAAUUGUGAUGCCACAUUUUCUCAUAGCAUAGUCAUGAUCGCGAUCAAUAUUGCAUCGGCUGGAGUUAGAGCCAAAAGGGACGAGGGCUCAAGUAUCCUCGAGAACAUAGUCGAUCUGGUCGGAUUACUUCAAGGGGUGAAAAAAAUUCUACAGGUCAGCCAUUCGUGGCUUCAUAUCCAGCUUUUCUCUCAGGGAGAAUUCUGGAAUAAAACAACCACGGAGCUAGACGCUGAUACGGAGGCUGCACUCACACAACUUGCCACAUUAAACGAUGAGAUAAUGAUUGGAAUUGAUACUUCUCAACAUCCUAUUUACAAAGAAAUUAUUUCGCAUCUUCGUCACUGCUACGUGAAAUUUGUGCACUCGUCUGACCCUGCGCCUGUCAUGUCAUGGCUCGCUUCGGUCGAGAAGGAAUUUGUGGAGAGUUUGCGUUACAGACAGCCUUUCUCAUUGUUAAUCCUGAUGUAUUGGGGAGUUCUUUUGCUUGGACUUCAUGGAAAACGAUGGUGGGCUCAUGAUUCUGGAAGGCUUUUGUUAUCUGAAUUAUUGGAAGCCCUUCGAUCUGCCGAUCCUAGAUUGGAGCAUGCCAUUGCAUGGAUCAUGAGCCAAAUUGAUAAUGGUGAUAUUGACCGUCCAGUCGAUGAGAAUGCAAAGAUCGCACUCAGACAACUACAAGAAGGCGGAUUCAGACUUGAUUUCGAAGAUGAAGGGUUGGUGCUGGAGCACACUGAAACAGGAGUUUCCCCGGAUAAUGUCGCCGCACGAGUCCCAUCAUCUCCACUGAUCUACUCAUUCUAUCACUUUCCUGGAUCUGACGCUGUUAUCUUCAUUUACGUUGGCCCUACUGAAUUUCCCGUGAAAAAGCGUACGCUGCACGCUGGUGUACGACGGGAUCUUAUAAGAGUCGCAGAGAGUGAGGGGCUCAGAAUUGCUAUAAAGAUCAAAAUCAAAACCUUCAACGAUAUCAGUGAGGCUAGCCUGAGAGAACUCAUUUCGGCCGAAGCUCAUUCCUCACAAUGA